AGAGAGAGAGAGACAUCUUUCGGUGCAAGAGUGAGAGAGAAGAAGAGAGAUAGAGGGCGCUUGUUUUGUACAGUGCUUUCCAGGAAACUGCUUUCUCCAACAGAGCUUUCUUAUCUCCAGGGAACGUGAUGGGAGCCGGCGGCCGGAUGCCUGUGCUGAGCAGCAACAAGUUGGAGGGGCAUAAGAGCCAGGUUGAGCGAGUGCCACACACAACCCCUCCAUUCACUCUAAGCCAAAUCAAGAAAGCCAUCCCGCCCCAUUGCUUCAAGCGCUCCCUCGUCCGCUCCUUCUCCUACGUUGGUCACGACCUCUUCUUUGCCGCUCUGUUCUACUACAUUGCCACCUCUUACUUCCACCUCCUUCCCCACCCCCUCCCCUACCUGGCCUGGCCCCUCUACUGGAUCGUCCAAGGCUGUGUCUGUACCGGCAUUUGGGUCAUCGCCCACGAAUGCGGUCACCAUGCAUUUAGCGACCACCAGUGGGUCGAUGACACUGUUGGCCUAAUCCUCCACUCUGCACUCCUCGUCCCCUACUUCUCCUGGAAGUACAGCCACCGCCGCCACCACUCCAAUACCGGAUCCCUAGAACGAGACGAGGUCUUUGUUCCAAAACCAAAAUCCAAGAUUUCAUGGUACUCCAAGUACUUAAACAACCCUCCAGGGAGACUUCUUAGCCUUCUUGUCACUCUAACUCUUGGAUGGCCUCUCUACUUAGCCUUCAACGUCUCAGGGAGACCCUACGACCGUUUCGCGUGCCACUACGAUCCCUACGGUCCAAUCUACUCCGACCGUGAAAGGCUUCAAAUCUUCGUCUCUGAUGCAGGGAUUUUCGUCACAACUUUCGUGCUUUACCAGCUCGCAGCUGCAAAAGGCUUGGCUUGGAUCGUAUGCGUGUACGGCGUGCCUUUACUGAUCGUGAACGGCUUCCUUGUGCUGAUCACCUACUUGCAGCACACUCACCCAGCAUUGCCACAUUACGACUCGUCGGAAUGGGACUGGCUGAGAGGCGCAUUGGCGACCGUAGAUCGAGAUUACGGGGUUUUAAACAGGGUUUUCCACAACAUCAAUGACACUCAUGUGGCGCACCAUCUCUUCUCCACAAUGCCGCAUUAUAACGCCAUGGAAGCGACCAAGGCGGUGAAGCCUUUGUUGGGAGAGUACUAUCGUUUCGACAGGACGCCGAUUUUCAAGGCAAUGUGGAGGGAGGCAAAGGAGUGUCUCUAUGUUGAGCCAGAUGAUGAUGCUCCCAACAAAGGUGUUUUCUGGUACAGGAACAAGCUUUGAUACGUCGGAAUGGGAAGGAAAAAUAUUUAGUAUGUAGUGUUGGUAUCUAGUACUGUUGUGUAACGUUAAUAAACGUUCAGAACGGAAGAGACUUUGGUCUCUUUCCAGAAAGAGAGCUAGAAAUUAAGAGUGAAUUGUGCUAUGCUUAAGGUUUAUGACUUUAGUUUUUUUGGUCUCUCCUUUGGUCUGUGAAUAGUGCUAUGCUUAAUGUUAAUAAAUGUUUGGUAUGAGGAUUCGUGCUA